AUGAAAGGUGUUGUGUUUAGAGAAAAACUUAUUUUCGUGUUGCGAAAGUGCUGUGAAUUCUUUCCGUGUGCAGACGAAUUUAACGUUGUCAGUGGAGUCAUCAUCAUGCAGUCAUCUAGGCCUUCUGCCCGUAUAGUCGAACAACCAGCCAAGACAUACAGGUUUCGCUACGAGUCUGAAAUAAAGUCAGCCAGUAAACUUACCGGCGCGACCAGCAACUCUCUGAAUCCAACCCAUCCCGCUUUAGAGAUCAGCGGCUGCCCUGGAACAUUCACCAUCGUGAUCUCCUGUGUCGACGUGGACAAACCUUACAAACCGCACCCUAACAGCGUCCUGAACAAGACUUUGUCCAAACUGGACGACUACGUUGACAUAGGCGUCUUCAGAAUGACCGUAGGGCUGAACGGCCGUGCAACCAGGGUGGAAUUCGACAACCUGGCAUUGUUAUGCGCAACUAAUAAAAGCAUAGAGAAGGCGCUGGAAGUUCGUAAGAAAUUGGAAGUCGACCCUUUUAAGACUGGAUACGGUCACCCCAGCGAGUUCCGCAAGAAACUGACGGCUGUUAGGCUGUGCUUCCAAGUGUUCAUGAUGGAAGGUCACAACGUGCGACUGGCUUUGAAGCCUCUCGUCUCUGACGUCAUCACUGACACGAAGAUUAUAAACAACCUUGUCAUCCAUCACGUCUCACACGACAGUGGGCCAGCGUAUAGACCCACCUUGAUAACCAUAGUCUGCGAUAAGAUAUAUGCGCGUGAUGUGACUGUCACCUUCUUUGAAAAACGCAAUGGAGAUCACUGGGAAGUGGACGUCAAAGCGCAAAUGGUGGGAAACAAGGAAAGGGGAAACGUAAUCCUCUGCAACACACCUAUAUACCCCAACUAUUUGGCCAACGAAAAGGUCUACAUCCAACUGAAGCGUUUAUCAGACAACGAGCUAAGUAAUGUGUUCGAAUUCAAAUACACCAGUUCUAGGACGGCUAGCAAGACGCUGUCUAAAUCGGUGACAACGUUGCUGGACAAAUUUGAAGACACUACUAAGUCGGUGUGCCCAACAUGCCUACAAGAGGUGAGACCACCAUCCAACCCCGCAGACAACUCAAGCAAGCAAAUAGUUCAGCCAACCGACACAUUGCCAGUCGACGGCCGCGUCCACUUCAAGAAUGGCGUGCACGAUCAGCAGACGACUUCGCGCAACUCAGCCAAAGUACCAAAGUUGUUUUACGACACGCCAAUGUCGCCACAGUUUGACAUGAACGCCGCUACUUGCGAGCCUGCAGCUUCCAGGAUGGACUAUGAUUCUCCAGGUGUCUGCCUUCCUCCAAUUAACGAAGCCUUCCCGAACAUUCCGCCAGCUCCUAGUAUACCAUUCGAAAACAAGCAAUUGGAAUCCAUUCCCGUGGUCACGGACGGCAACGAAGUCGAAAGCAUCAAGCGGACUUACCUUUUUGGGUUCGAGAAUGGCGCGUUCGAUAAUAAGGACUUCGACAACAUUUUGUCGGGCACAUCAAACGAUUCACUCAGCAACGUUUUUAUAAACGACCUGACGUUC